AUGGCAGAGGGCUCAGGAUUAGUAGCGGAGGUGGAGACGGCCUUCAAGAAGUUUGCCAUUCAUGGGGACACCAAGGCUACUGGGAAGGAGAUGAACGGCAAGAACUUUGCCAAACUCUGCAAGGACUGCCGGGUCAUUGAUGGCAAGAACAUCACCGCCACCGAUGUGGACAUCGUCUUCACUAAAGUCAAGUGAGACUAGUUCCAGUUUCAAACCUCCACACUGACAGAUCCACAGUCAUCUUUCUAGUGAAAGAGGGAAUACGGCCAGGGGUCCUCAGAAUACCAUAUCAGGAGUAAAGGAAAAACUCUCCAAAUGUUUUUCUGUGUAUUUUAGGGCGAAGACAGCUCGUGUGAUCACCUUUGAGCAGUUCAGCCAGGCCCUGUCAGAGUUGGCGCCGAAGCGUUUUAAAGGGAAGGGCCAGGAGGAGGCGCUGCAGCAGCUCUACGGCCUCAUAGCAGGGAAGGAGCCUGCCAACGCGGGCGUCACCGUGAGUGUCUACCUCUCAGCAGCACACUGCCUGAUAAUAUUACAGUCCCAGAGAGAGAGUGUGUGUAUGCAUUCUUGUGUGUACUGUGUGUGUGUGCAUAUCUGUGUGGUGGGUAAGCUCUUCCAUUGUAUCCUCAUCUCUCAUUCUCCCUUUCCCUCGCUCUUUCCCUUUCUCUCUCCCUCGCUCUUUCGCUUUCCCUUUCUCUUUCCCUCGCUCUUUCCCUCGCUAUUUCCCUUUCUCUUUCCCUCGCUCUUUUUCCUGCUCAUAGAAAGUGGCCAAGGCAGCGGCGGUGGACAGACUGACAGACACCACCAAAUUCACAGGGGCACACAAGGAGCGGUUUGACGAGUCGGGCAAAGGGAAGGGCAAGGCUGGGCGAGUAGACAUCCCAGAUGCCAGUGGCUAUGUGGGUGCCUACAAGGGCAAGGGCACCUAUGAGGAUAAGGUCAAGGAAGCAUAG